AUGUUGAAGCUCCAAGCAAGGGAAUUCAGCUGUAGUGUAUCAAGAGCUGCUUCUCCUGCUCGUGGUAAGGCACAAGGUUUCGCAAAGAAAGUUAGUGGAGGUAAGGCAACGGCGAAAAAGAUUACCUCAGGAACACUAUAUAAACCUUGGCAGCAGACUGUCGCUACUGCUAAUUUGAACAAAAGUGCAAUUCCGGUUGAAACGCCUACGUUCAAACCCACUGAGGUCAAUUCGCUGAUCAAUAAGAUUUCCAGUUUCUCAGCCAAACAGUACAAAUUACUAUACCGGUUGGGAUCAUUCAAACAAAACCAACUCAAUGAGCUCUUUCCACGCCCAAUUAUUUUGGUUAGAGAAGAUACUACUAAUAAACUGUUCAGCUUAUUGAAGAGUAGUCCAAACAGGAAAUACCUGAUCACAGGGGAGUCGGGAGUGGGUAAGUCUGUGCUUUUAUCACAAGUGCAUGCAUUAGGAGUUGAAUCUAAGGGAGUCCUGAUCAACAUUUCCUACCCUGAGUUAUUUCUUAAUGGAAGGAACGAUUUUUUUUAUGACGAUCGUUGGUAUGUUCAGCCAAUGUACCUGAAAAAGCUUAUAACAAAGAUUUUGAAAUCCAAUGAUCACAAUGUUUUAGCAUCUAUAAAGGUGAGCAAUAGCUACAAGUUUUCGAAUGCUAACCCCAAAGAUGCUGCUACUAGAAAAUUCACGCAAAUUAUUGAAGGUAAAAGCACCUUGCUUGAUUUGUUAUCCGUUAAAACCUCGCCUCGCAAUAGAGGCGACCUUUUUGAAGCGAUUAUCUCGGAACUCGCUUCUCAAUCGAAUGUGCCAGUUUUUUUUACUGUUGACAACUUCUCUAGGAUUCUAUCGGAACCAUUUUCUGCUUACAAAGAUUCUCAGAACAAAAAUGUUCACGUUCUGGAACUUCAAGUGGGGAAGAUCAUAAUGGACAUUGUCAGUGGCAAAAUCCAGUUUCCUCACGCACAAAGCUGUGUUGUCAUGGCUAUUUCCGGGGUUGACAGAACAAACAAAACUCUGCCAAUUGGCCUAUCAAAACUCCCCCAUGAUCCUUAUUGUUCACAAAGGCAUUAUGACACUAAGCUAUCCCAGCUUCUAUUAGAGGGUAAAGUGCAAGAAUUCAACGUAAAUAAGUUGUCCAAAUACGAAGUCGAACAAUUGAUUGACUUUUAUAUCAAGUCUGAAGUUGUUUUGGAUCGAGAUGCACAAGGCAAGUCUUUUGAACAAUUAGUAGAAGAAAAGUACUUUCUCAGUGGGAAUGGUAACCCAAGGGAAUUACUGAAAAGUUUGAUCUUACAGUUCUCUUAA